CGAGGGGGCGGCGGGGCGCAGGCCCGGUCAGCUCCGGGGCAGGCCCGGGCACCUAGGGGCCGCGGACGAGGCGUCCUCGCCGAGGAGAGGCGGCGAAUCGCAGAGCGGACCCCGGCCUUCCUCAGCCCGGACGUGCCGCCAUGCCGGCCCGGGACGCGCUCCCGCGGAUUCUGUCCCACCGGAACCAGAGUGCGGGGAAGGCGGGGGCGGAGGGACGCUGGCCCGGACGGACCGCGGGCCGGAAGUGAAGUGGCCGUGGCCGGACGCGCAGGCCGCGCCCACAUCCGGUGGAGGGGAGCCGCCAUGGCGCACAUCACCAUCAACCAGUACCUGCAGCAGGUCUAUGAAGCAAUCGACACCAGAGAUGGGGCGUCCUGUGCAGAGCUCGUGUCUUUCAAGCACCCUCAUGUUGCCAACCCACGGCUCCAGUUGGCCUCCCCGGAAGAGAAAUGUCAACAGGUUUUGGAACCUCCUUAUGACGAAAUGUUUGCUGCUCAUUUAAGGUGCACUUACGCAGUGGGGAACCACGACUUCAUAGAGGCGUACAAAUGCCAGACGGUCAUCGUCCAAUCUUUUCUGCGGGCAUUUCAGGCCCACAAAGAGGACAACUGGGCUCUGCCUGUCAUGUAUGCUGUAGCGCUUGACCUUCGAAUAUUUGCCAAUAAUGCGGACCAGCAGCUGGUGAAGAAAGGGAGGAGCAAGGUCGGGGACAUGCUGGAAAAGGCGGCCGAGUUGUUGAUGAGCUGUUUCCGCGUCUGCGCCAGUGACACUCGGGCUGGCAUCGAGGACUCUAAGAAGUGGGGGAUGCUGUUCUUGGUGAACCAGCUAUUCAAGAUCUACUUUAAGCCCCUCAUCAGAGCCAUCGACAGCUCCAACCUGAAGGACGACUACAGCACCGCCCAGAGGGUGACGUUCAGGUACUACGUCGGGCGCAAGGCCAUGUUCGACAGUGACUUCAAGCAAGCCGAGGAGUACCUGUCCUUUGCCUUCGAGCACUGCCACCGCUCGAGUCAGAAGAACAAACGGAUGAUUCUCAUCUAUUUGCUCCCAGUGAAAAUGCUGCUGGGUCAUAUGCCGACCAUCGAGCUGUUGAGAAAGUAUCACCUCAUGCAGUUUGCCGAAGUGACCAAAGCUGUCAGCGAAGGCAAUCUUCUGCUGUUGAACGAGGCUCUGACGAAGCACGAGACCUUCUUUAUCCGCUGUGGCAUUUUCCUUAUCCUUGAGAAGCUGAAGAUCAUCACCUACAGGAAUCUCUUCAAGAAAGUGUACCUGCUGCUCAGAACACACCAGUUGUCUCUGGAUGCUUUCCUGGUUGCCUUGAAGUUCAUGCGAGUGGAGGACGUGGACAUCGAUGAGGUCCAGUGCAUCCUGGCCAACCUGAUCUACAUGGGCCACAUUAAAGGCUACAUAUCACAUCAGCAUCAGAAGCUGGUUGUUAGCAAGCAGAACCCGUUCCCCCCACUGUCAACAGUGUGUUGAGUGCGUGCACGGUCCCGAGGACGGGAGGGCGGCAUGUUCCUUCAGUCACCGUUUGCGCAGAUGAAAUCCAUCCUGUGCCAGGACCCUCCGCCGCCGGGAUCUCUGGGCUCGUUUCUCUGGGCUCACAACUGAGGUCCGCCAUGCGUAGAGCGGGAGCUCCUUCAGAAAAUGUGGACGGGCGAAGGGGCUGUGUGCCCCGCACAGCUCUGUUACCUCAGAGGUGCUGUUCCUAAAGGCACCUUGGUAAAUUUUUACGUAACCCUUCCUUUGAAACAGCAUCCUGAGUUUAUACGAAUGGCGUGUCCUUUAUUCUGUCUUUUGGAGGCACAUCUAUUUUUAUAUGUUAAAUUUGAACUUUGUAUCUGAUCAAAGUGUUUGGUUAAUUUAAGGCUUCUUUAUACAAAAUGAAUUUACUUUGAUAACGUUCCACAUUUUACAGCCUGCCAUGUUUUCAGAGUGUGCACGUUUCCUCUGUCUGUGCAAAAUUUACUAAAGAAAAUGUCCUAAGUGGUUUCA